UCUUUUUGUGAGAUGCUUAUGGCUGAAAGACUACAGAAACACAGAUUUCAAAAUAUUUUCCUUCUGCCCUCUUCUUCUGAUUUCUUGUGGAAAAAAAUGCAUGGGCUCUUCCUUGUCCUGGUGACGUGCACAGUAGGUGCAUCUGCUUUCAGACUCCAGCAAGUCAAGAACACAGAAAACUGCCCAGAUCACACCGUGUUUUUCAAACACUACUAUGAACUUCAUGGAGAACCUGUGGUUCUGAAAUGCCCUUCCCCCAGAUACAAACAUUUGGAUUUCUCUGCCUUGACCCCUAAUAUCACAUGGUAUAAAAAUGGUUCAAAUACCAUGAUAUCAGGAAGAGAUGAAGAUUCAAGAAUCUGGGCAAAAGGAAAUGCACUCUGGUUUUUACCAGUGAGGCUAGAAGACUCAGGAGUAUAUAUCUGCACAAGAAGGAACAACUCGUACUGUGCUGAGGUCUCAAUCCACCUCACAGUUGUGGAGAAAACAGCUGCUUGGGAGAUUGCCUAUCCCCAGGUCCUCUUCACUUUCACCGCUGGAAAGAUUGUUUGUCCUGAUCUGUGGGAUUUUACACCAAAUAGGACAAGCCUGGAGCUCAAGUGGUACAAGGAUGCUCAGCCUUUGGAAGAGGACAAUGAAAGAUUCAUCAUUCUGAAUGGUUCAGCGUCUCUGAUCAUGACAUCUGUGCUACCAACAGAUGCAGGGUAUUACACCUGCAAGAUGUCAUUUCCAUUUGAAGGUGUGGAGUAUGAAAUCACCAGGACAAUUCAACUGGAGGCUGUUGAACAAGAGAAGAGAAUUACCCCGAUAAUUGUGUAUCCAGCCCAAAAGACAACAUCAGCUGCUCUUGGCUCCAAGAUGACUCUCCCAUGCAAAGUGUUUGUUGGGCUGGGCAGCCAUUUCCAAACUGAUGUGGAAUGGCUGGCAAAUGACAGCAGCGUUGACGUGGUUUAUAAACAAAGCAGAGUUACAGAGGGGGAACGACAAGAAAUUGUAGAAAAUGGUGAAAACUUCAUUGAAGUACCACUGAUUUUUGAUUCUGUUGAAGAAGUGGACUUUUACACAGACUUUACCUGUCUGGCCCAGAACAGAUAUGGAUACCAAGAACUGCCAACAAGGGUCAAGCAGGAAGCUGUUGGUCUGUCCUGGUACAUUGCAAUGAUUCCUGUUGCUCUCGCCUGUUUGAUCGUGGGAGGGAUAUGCAUGCACAAGUGCUGGAAGAGUAGAUCUGAUAAAGGAUAUACAGUACCAAAGGUUUAAAAUCCACUUGGGUUCUCCAACUACCAACAGAACCAAAAAAUCACCCUGGCUAUCUUUACAUCAGACACAGCGAGCAUUUCAGACCUGAUAUACUUCAUUCCCAACAGACCAAUAAUAACAGCUCUUUCCCACUUUUCCCAGUCUUCUGUGAUCUGAUGAAGUUAAGAAUAUAAGUUUGCAUUUUUAUGCUGCAUAGAUGCAGGAAAUUUGGUUCUAUUUGUAACUAGGGUGCCAUCUGUAGAAUUUUGGAACACAAAAUCAUGUUGUGGAUAUGGGAAGGGUAGGGAGAGGGAGGUGC